AUGGGUACAGAUGGCUCCUUUCAGGCUCGCUCCGCGGCCUGGCUUGCAGGGCUUGGUCCCCGGUCCCCAGGGUGUCCGCGUCCCCGCCAUCUCCUAGCAACGGGGACGCGUGCCUCCCAGCCAGGGAAUUCCCUGCCGGGCUGGGGCUGGAUGGCAGCACCUGGACGCUGCAGCGUCUCGGCUGCUUUUUGGGAGCACCUGCGGCACCUGGCUCUGCAGGACUUCCCCUGUGGCCUUGGCAGCUGGAAUAAAUCCCGCUUCGAUGCAUGCACGAGACCCCGUGAAGGCCAGCCAGGGCUGGGGGCAGACCCAGCCGGGCAGGAGGAGGCCAUGCCACUGGGUGACGAGAGCCCUGAGGCACUGAUGGAGCUGCUGAGCGACUGGCACAGCCCCUGGGCCCUGCCACCGGACUGCAGCCCCCAGGACCAGCACCUGCGGGAAAUGGCUGUGCUGGCACCCGAGCUCGUCCAUGGCUCCCGCAUCUUCCAGGUCCUCAGGUCCCUGCGGAUCGUUGGCAAGGGAGUGGAGGAGGUCGACGACGGUCUGUUACAGUUACAACAGCUGGAGGAGCUCAUCCUCAGUGCCAACCAGAUCAGCAGCAUAACCUCGGCCAACUUGCCCCGGACGCUGAAGGUCCUGGAGCUCUGCUGCAACGCUGUGGCUGAUCUGCAGGGCCUAUGCACUCAGCCUCCUCCAGAGCUGCAGCACUUGGGGCUGGGAUACAACAGGCUGUGUGGCCCUUUGCAGGACAAGUACCUCACCGCAGACUUCUGGCCAAAUCUUGUCUCCCUUGACCUGAGCUUUAACAACUUCACGGAUCUGCUGGGGCUGGUCUCCCAACUGUCCAGUCUGCAGAAGCUCCGCAUCCUGGUGCUCCAAGGGAACCCACUGGUUCUCAUUCCCACUUACAGAGGCUUCCUUGUGGACAGCCUGCCCAAGCUCUCCAUCCUCGAUGACAUCCACAUAGGGCCUGAUGAGAGGCACCAGUUCCACGGUUUGGCGAGGCAGCCAGAGCUGAUCAGAAGCGAAGCACGAGUGGUUGUGAGCAUUGGGGAAAUCAAGGGAGUCCCUGAUCCCAGCGCUCGUCAGCCGCUGGAGGUUGGCUCCGAGGCUCCGGUGAUCACCUACAGCUACUGUGUGAUGUACAAGUUUGCGGAGGGAGAGGAGAUCGAGGACGGUAGCAGCACUGAGGUAACAAAAAUCCAUCAGCAUCCUGUGGUGGCCACCCUGGAUGUGGACAGCUCUGCUGGGGACACAAAGGAAACAAAGGGCCAGCAGGAGCCCACAGCCAUGGAGGACCCCAAGGCCCACUCUGAAAAGAUUUUUGUCACUCCUGGAAAGCCCUGGGCAGACACCAUCAACUGCAGCUACAGGAAGGAGCACACUGCCAAGAACUUAGUGGGGCUGAAGUCCUACCUGGCGUCUGGAACAAUCAUCUCGGUCAUGGAGGAGAAGGUGCUCUCAUGGCCUGUCGAUGCUGAUCCAGAAGAAAAUGCAGGCACGAAAGGCAAGGCAAGACGGGGGCUGCAGAAGGACGAUGCCAAGGUUCCUGUGCCCAGGGACAAGCAGAAAAAGAAGAAGAAGGAAAAGCCACGUGAACUCCGCAGCGACCCUCCUGUUCGGAGGACCCUGGGCACCAGGAGGGUGACCCUGGAGACCCUGCUAGCCACCGAGAACCUGGUGGCAACUGUGUGUGACUUUGGGAUCCUGAUCACUGAGCAGCCGCUGCAGCCACCAAGUCUGGAGGAGAAGGUAAGGAGUGACAGGAAAAAAGGCAAAGACAAGAGCAAAAAACCAAAAGCAGAGAGAGAAAGUCAGGCCAGCCAGAAAACCACGGCGUCUGCCAAAGGAAAAAGAAAAAACAAAGACUCUGCUGAACUGGAGGAGGGUCGAGGGCUCCAGCCGGUGCCACUGACGGUUCAAUUCCAGAUGCAGCUGCUUCAGUGGCCCUCGGCAGCCGGCACCCAGAGCCAGGAGAGCGUGGCCGUGGCAGUGGGGAAGGCUCAGUAA